UUCAAACCGAGAAAGGCGGCUUCGCUAGGCCGCGCGUUUGCUGAGCACGCCGAGGGUCGUUUUUUUUUAUUUUCCAGCUUGGUUACCUUCCGCUGUUGGCUGACCCGCACUAGUUUGCGACCAUGAAACGAAAAGAUCCAACAGAGUCACCUAAAAAAGCCCUGUCGGCGUGGGAGCGGCGGCGGUUAUACUCAAACCAGCUGCGAGAAAAGACGGUUCUGCGCACGCCCGGAGCUGGACCUUCCUAUACAAAGGGAAGUGGAACCCCUUCAAGAAUGAGUCCGAACAAGAACAGGCCUCGAGAAAGCAAACAUCCUGUGUCGCAAAGAAAACCGUUGAAGUCGGUACAUUCUCUCACUGCAAAAAAUGGCAAGCAGUUCACAGUAUCACUGACAAAAACAUCUGGAAAGAAACCAAAGGCUUCUCUGCAGUCAGGGAAGGCACAAAUGACUGUAAAGCCAGUAUCUAAAACAGCUUCUGGAACACGUGGGACACCAUUACAAUCAACGUCUAAGAAAGUCAAGAUUUCUUUUGCAUCUGAGCCCACAACAGCAGCAGCAGCAGUCUCUGAAAUGCCUCAACUCGACAAGAAGAGCACCAGGAUGUCUGCAAAGCAGCAACCUCAGAAAGCAAAGCAGCCUCUCAGGGUUCCCCUAGCACAAGCAAAAGUCCAGCUUUCCCAGAGACCAGUGCGGAAAACGUCAACUGCCCCGACUCAAACAAAGAUGCACACUGCAAGAAGAUCGCUGGGCCGGAGGUCCCAGGUAGUGAAAGCUUCGUCCCAUAAACUGUCAUUGACUCAAAUUAAAGCUCAGACAUCUAGACGAUCAUCGGGAAGAAAGUCAACAGCCAAGCUUUCUGCCAAAACACGUGCACAACCUCAGCCUCUGUUGGCAAGCGGCGCAAGGUGUUCUGUGGGGGAGCAGCCUCGAAAGAGGGCCUCGGAAGGCAAUGGUGAGACCCCAAACAAAACACCUUUAAAGACGGCAAAAGUUGAUUUCUCGCCGUGCCUGAGUGCAAAUAGUGCAUGUGUGGAGCCACGGUCGUCACCGCGCUCGUGCCAGUCCAAAUCUGAAAGAAGAACUAGUCUUGCAUCCUAUUCAACACCGUGUUCAGUGAUGGUCAAGAAGUCUGCUUUGAACUCAUGUGGUACAGUAUCAGGUGACACCAAGAGAACUUUGUCACCUGAUAGAUCUAGUGGAAGCACACCUUACCACACUGCCCACAGCAUCUGUCUUUCAAGUUCCUCAGGAGACAGCGUUUCUCCAAUCGGCAAAGUCAGCAGAAAGUUUGCAGGUGGCACGCCUUCUCACAUUAAGCAACACUCUUCAUUUGUGUCAGCGACAGGGAGUCCCACAGGAAAGGCAAGUCCUGACAGAAUGUCACUUGAAGAUGUGAGUACUCGAGAUGAGCUGAAUGACACAUUCACACUGGAGAGCCCUGCUCUGUCACCAAAGAGACGAAGUAGCUGCUCCAAGAAGCCACCUUCUUCCUGCCUGCGCAAGGGGACCAGCACAUCUCACGUUAAAAAGUCUGUGUCCUUUACUAUGCCCGGACGACGGAGCGUAACACCAAAAAGGCUACCGAAAACUCCCAUUCGCAGCCGCACAUUGCAGGAAACUCUGAAGGAGUGGCUUAAUGCCCGAGGCUACAGUCUGUCAGCUCUGCGGAAGACCCAUGAAGAUAAAUUGCUGCAUCAAGAAAAGCUUCAGAAGUCUCGGAGGUCAUCUGGCAAGCCCAUUAGAACAGCCUUGAUGUCAGCAGAAAACAAGGCAUUGGGAACAUCUCCUGUUCUACAGAAGUCUGUGAGGAAUUCUUUGCAGAAAAUGAGUGGAAACGACGAGGCAGCUUCAUCAAAACAUACCAGCUUACCUUCUCUUUUGACAGACCUCCUGCGGUAUUUAAAUGAGCCAAAUCCGCCAGAGGAUGUGGAGACAUGGCUCAACCAGCUCGAAGAGCACGUGCCCAGUGUGAUGGAUUACCCAGCCUACUGGAUGUGUCGCUGUGCCUGCUAUGAAAAGUCUGGGGACUCAGCCAAAGCUGUAAAGUCACUCAGAGUGGGACUGGACUUUGUCACUAUGGGACACAAGGAAUUGGCUGAUGCCUUGGAUGGUCUUGUGAAGAAAGCACCUGAAGUGACGCACAACUCGCCCACAAGAAAGCGAGAGCGUAAGCAGAACACAGGCACACGCAAGAAGCAGAAUCUCGAGCAUGUGUCAACAGAAAACGUGUUUGCAUCAACAAUCAUUGACUACAAGGUGUAUGAGAAACCUAGCCUAAACCAGCUGUCAGCAGCACUCCGUGGCAAACAGUGUCCGAGUGUCGCAGUGAUGACUCCUGUGAGGAGGUCCUCUCGACAUACCAAGCGUCAUUCCAGUCUCGUGUCACCACCCCAGACCUUGCUGUACAAACCAAACUCUGCACUGGGAGACGAACCUUGAAGAGCCUGCUGCUUUGUGACUCCAAAAGCAAGGUUUCCCCCUUCCCCACACCACCAUUUAAUAAAGAGCGUUUAUACCGUCUA